GGUGUCAUAAAAAUAUUUAAAUACUAUGUUUUAAAUGUUAAAUGAAUUCAAUUUACGUUUAAAAAGUAUAACUGAAAUGGAUUUUACUAUAAAAUCAUUAAAAUGUUUGCUGUUUUUUUCAGGAUUGGUUUCGUGCAUCAAUGGUUACAGUUAUACAGGUGAAAGGUCAAUAAGGUCAUCUGUUUUAAGCUCUUUUGCCUACGAUCGAAUGGCCAGACCAAACGAUUCCACUAUAGCUAAAAUUGGUUAUAACCUUCUAGCUAUAAACGACGUGGACAUUGAUGAACAAUCGUUCUCGUGCACAGGUUGGUUAACUGUUCUAUGGGAAGACGAGAGGUUGGUGUGGAAUCCAAUUGUUUAUGACGACACAGAAUAUAUCCAUGCACUUGAAACAGAAAUAUGGAAACCGGAAAUACUUAUUAGUAAUGAACAUCAAAAUGUUGGUCUUGUUAGUGACGAUCACUUGAUUUACAGAAUAAGAUAUAACGGGAAAGUUGCAUGGGAACCAGUACUUUCGACAAAGGUUGAUUGCAGUGUAGAUGCGACUUACUUCCCAUUCGAUAAUCAGGAGUGUUCUAUAGAGGUUACAAGCUGGGGUCUACCGGACAAGGAAAUGAAGCUUGAACUACUUUGGGAUGAUGUUUUGAAGAAUGAGCUAAG